GAACAUCUCGCCGUUCUAUUGAACGUUUUCUGUUUGAAAACAACAAUAACUUCAGUUUGCUGUUCAACAACAACAAACUUGACUGAUUUUUGAGACCUGAGACUGAAAAAUCGGCUGGAAAAUGCCUGGGUGCUUUUCAAAAUUAAUGGAGAGUCGGCGGUCUACUGCGUCGACAGGUUGUUCAAAUUCAUUUGUGGGUUGUUUUUGUUGUCUUUUUCCGUUUUGCAGAGUUCGCAAUCGUCGGGAGGUGGACAGCGACAUCGACUUCGAAGAGGAAUCAACUGUCCUGGAUGAGGUCCAGUUGGUUGUGCCAUUGGAUGAUGUGCCGGAUGUACCACUGCUGCCAGCCAUCCUUGAGGAGGUGCCAGAUGUGCCGACUAUCCUUGAGGAGGCCACUGGUAAUUGGCAGUUGAUACCGAUUAGGUUUAGCUCCCUGUACUGUGGGCCUGUUGUGAUCAGGAACAAUGCCGGUCCGGUGGCUGAAGCUUGGAGAACUUUCCAGUUCAUCAGCCCCAUUAUCACCUACAUGCGUGGGGGAUCCCAGCAGGUGGUGGUGAGGAUGCACCAUGCGUGUAGGGUUCGAGGCCUGGAGACUCAACUGAUGUGGGCCAUCUCCAAGGAGACAAACAGACUUAGUCCAGAGGGCAUCCCCUACUGUGCCACCAAGGUGCAGUCCAUCUCUUGGAUCCAGUAUGUGGCUGGCAGGGUGACCCAGUAUGCGUCUCACCUCCGCCACGAGACGUCUGUGGCCGUGACGCUUGGCUGCUACCAGCAAACUGAUGUCUCGGUGGCGUACGCCACUCUCCACAUGGGGCUGGAUGGGCUGCUCUCCUUCUCGGCGUGGUCGGGAGGCUGCCUCCGUCUCUACGCCCACCACUCAGCAGUUCACUGA